AUGGACAGCGUCCUGAACGGUUUGCCGGGAGUCCAGGCGUACUUUGACGACGUUCUGGUGGCUGAGAAGGGGAACAACGGCAGAAAGAACCUCAAGGCAGUUCUCCAGCGCUUUGGAGAGUACGCCGUCAAGCGAAGGAAGGACAAGUGUACCUUCAGGAUGCCUGAGGUUUCGUAUCACGGCUGCAAGAUCAGUACUGGAGGGCUGCAACCUCUGGAGAAGAACAUGGAUGCAGUCAUAAGGGCGCCAACACCCAAGAACCCGCUGGUGGAUCUAUUUUGCGAAGAUUAUCCCACGCCCACUAUGGCUGCCGCAGGAAUUCAGCAUUGGUCCUUGCUGCUGGGAGCAUACCUGUACAAGAUAGAGUACAAACCUGGCUCGGACAACCUGAAUGCUGACGCACUCAGUCGGCCUCCUCUAGAAACCACUGACGACACAUCAGAGGAGCUACACGAGUUCGUGCACUCGCUGCAGCAGCUAGAUGACGUGCCCCUUUCGUCGCAAGCAUUGAGACAGUUGACCGAGAAAGGUGAAGUACUUGGCAAUGUCAAUUCCUACAUACUUCAUGGUUGGCCAAAGAAAGUCGUGAUUCCCGAGGCUGCUCGUGGUGACAUGCUGCAAUUGCUGCACGAGACGUACCAGUGA